AACGUCUUAGCGGAAAUACUACUUAUGAGCUCAGCUAGCUUGACAGAUAGCCUGCGCACCUGAGUCUCCUCGCUGCCGCUGAUUAAACGGUUUUGUGCGGGGCUUUUUCCUCCAUCGCUUCCUUCCUUUGAGCAAUGCGUUGUCAGGCAGGGAGGUGUGAGGAGCCCGGCUCUUCACUCCUUCGUGCUGCACAAGAGCCAUGGCGGAGUGGGCACUGAGGAGGAGCCAACGGCCGGAGCUCAGCGGGGUCCACAGCGGCGGCUCAAACCAGGAAGGAUUCACGUUAACGUUACCUGCCGGAUACAAUGGUGGCGGCUUCUAAAGUUUUACACUCAUCUUCAGCUUUUGUCACAGCUGACCGGUUCAACUUUUCAAUAACUGGCAUUCCCCUAAUGUCGACGGGAACGUAGCGACGCCGAGUUUGUUUCGCUUUUCUUUUCUUCCAGUAACGUUACGUGUUUGCCCUGUAAAGCCAUCUGCCUCGGGCGUAAAUCUGGCGCACUGUUCCGCAGUGGCUCAUAGAGCGCCUCUUUAAUAUCGCAAAGCCGAGUCACUGGAGGUUACCAUGGGGGCAAAGCAGAGCAGCCCCGCUGCUAAUCCAGCUGCUAACGGACGGACCAGAGCCUACUCCGGCUCGGACCUGCCCUCCAGCACGUCCAGCAGCAACGGCAGUAAUGUUAGCAGGACUACCGCCGGGGGUGUGAGGUACCACGCGUACAGUAGUGCGUCCGGAGCUUCGUCCAGCAGUAGCCAGCACCAUGGAGCCAGGGCCAGGUCUGUGGGGGGCUCCGGAGGCUCCGGGACCAGACCUCAGUCCGGUAUCACCAUUCCGAACAGCAGCGGAGCCUACAGCUCCCAGGAGUCAGGCGGCAGUAGCCCGGAGGAAGCGGACAGGGAGCGCUCGGGCGGAGGGCACGAAGGUCCCCGGCUGUUGAUAGGGUCACUACCAGCACAACUCUCGCCUCAUCUGUUCGGAGGCUUCAAGUGCCCUGUGUGCUCCAAGUUUGUGUCCUCCGAUGAGAUGGAUCUUCACCUGGUCUUGUGCUUAACCAAACCCAGAGUGACAUAUAAUGAGGACGUCCUGACCAAGAAUACAGGGGAAUGUGCAAUCUGCCUGGAGGAGCUGGUCCAGGGAGACACCAUCGCUCGCCUGCCCUGCCUCUGCAUCUACCACAAAGGCUGUAUCGAUGAGUGGUUUGAAGUGAACAGAUCAUGUCCGGAGCAUCCAUCAGAUUAAACCUUUUUGCACAGGUACUCCAUUUCAGAGAUCCGUCACAUUGUGAAGUGUGGAUCCAGAAGACUGCUGGACACUGUGAUCAGUUUAUCUCUACCCCCACCCUCCCCCACCCACCCAGUAAUGUAGUACCACUGUGUGCCAAAUCUCAUUUAAGCAAUCUUCAGGGAUACAGACUUUUAGUGUUAAUGUUUGGGUUGCACAUCCACGCUCAGUCUCAGGCCCGACGGACUGAUCUCCACCUCACAUCCUCUCACCGCCCCCACAGGACACGAUGGCAGGCGGGGGGCUCUUCUUCCCGAGUGGCCAUGGGACGGCAGAUAUCAGCUGGAUUGUACACCAGGACACUGGAGGAGGUGGUGGACGUGGUCUGUCCCUCCCCUCCUCCCGCAGCAUCAGUCUACCAGUGCCUUGUUGUUUCGACGCCCCCCCCUCAGCCACGGCAGGACAGGACUGUAGCAGAGCCAGCUGGAUCGACUCGGGGGGGACCAUCUCAUCUCAACUGCCAUCCUACAGUUAGAGAUGUUCCGAUACCAUUUUUUUCCUUCCCGCGUAUCGGCCAAUACAGAGUACCGAUCCGACACCAGCGUGUUAAAAAUACUUCUAUUUUAUUAUGUUUUAACAGCUGUAUACUACUAACGCCGAAUGGAUGCGAUAUGAUUGCUAUGGUUGUGAAACGUGAACAAACCAUAAACGCCGCAGAACCGUCUUUCAUUAUCCAGUUUGACAGCCAUAACGGAAAAAGAACAUAUAUAAACUACUUUUAAAGUAGGUUUUCUUCGGGGCUAAAUUACGUGGUGUUGGAUCGGUGCGUAAACUCCAGUCCUUGCCGAUAGCGAUACCAGCAUUUUAGGCGGCAUUGGGGGAUUUUCUGACACUGGUAUCGGAACAUCUCUUUCUACAGUCCAGGAGAGACAAGCCAGAGACAGGAGAGCAGCAGAAAUAUCUGUCUGCAUCAGCAGCUCGGGACAUUUUCAGAACUGAAGCUGCUGCAAACAUGGUGCCAAUCAACUGUGAAUAAUGUCAAACACACACACACAAUCACACAAUCAUUAGUGCUUUUUAAUCAUAUACCAUGGAGUAGAGAUCUUCAGGUACAGAAACCUGCACCCCGCAAGGAUCCCUGACUCACCAACCUGAGCCGACAGCUUUGAGAGUAUUGCUGGCAUCACGAAAACAAAUAUUUGCUCAGUUUAUUUGCUCGUUAUAACGAGAACUUUUUCUUGUUUCCACUAGAUCCUUUUUCGCAUUAUAACAACAUAUUUUUCUUGUUAUGAUGACAUAUAGCUUCUACUUAGAACAACUUAUCAUGUAAUAAGAAGAAACCGUUCUUGUUUCAAAGAAAAUCGUUUUUGUGGAAUAACGGUAACGUUUUGUGAUAUAACAAGAGAAAGGUUUGUUCUUAAAACGGAAUUAGUCGGUGUGUAGUUACAACAAAAUGUAUAUAACAUGAAAAAUAUAAUUUUAUAACAUGAAUGGGAUCUCCUAACAAGAACUGUUUUCACAUGAACGAGCAAGUGAGAAUUAGUUUUUCUUUCUUUUUGUAUAGUGCUACUCCAUGGAAGAAGAUUUGAUUGUUUUCAUAAAGUCUGUGAUGUAAUGUGUAAUGUAGGCUGUGUAGUAAUUCUAGCAUCUGAUCAGAAUUGAACUGUUACCAAUAUGAUGAAACCGGUUCCCAUUCAGAGUAAAAAAAAAAAUGUUGAAGUUCA